UCUAAAUGAAUUUUUUAAAAGUAUUUUCAUAACAGUUUAAUUCGAAUCAUGCUAUUACAUUUCCCUACAGUACGAUGAUUUCUGUCCCGUCUUUCAAAAUUAUUGUGUGUGUUAAAUUUUGAGUCACAACAGGGCGAUGUCGUCGGACAGUUUUCACGGCCCGCCGGUGGACAUAAUCGACCUGGACCGCUACAUGCGCGUCUCCGUGCUGCCCUCUCGCCAGCGACAUGUGCAGCGCUGUGGCGACCUGAUAGUAGACGCGGGCGGCGCGGGCGUGCAGCGCGCGGUAAGCAGCGGCGAGGACUCAUUCACGCCCGCGCCGCAACACAAGCGCUACUCGCACGACUCCGGCGUCUCCGAUGGCAGCUAUAUCAAGCGGCGACAGCGACAUAAACAUAAUGUCGAGAGAGACAGAUCACGCGAUCACAGCCGAUAUGAAUCUGCCUCCGCCAUGUCACAGUUCCGAGUGAACUGCGAGCAAGCGCUACUCGAGCAGCAGAAGCAAAUCUCGCGACUCGCGGAGCUGUGCGAAAGACUAGUGCCGGAAACAAAAGAAAACAGCGAUACAAAUAACCGCGUUCGGAGCAAAAGCUGUUCGAAUAAAGAAUACUCCCGUGCCAGAAAAACUAUACCCGUGCGAACAAACCAACUUGUAUCAGAGUCAAGCGAGACCUCAAUCAGUAGUGAAAGCAGUAAGGAUGUGAGGCGGAAAACUCGUAGGUCGGAGUCCUGCAAGACGUACAAAAUAAUGAUGGACCGUCUGGAAGACUUGAGCCGCGUGUUGACGAACCGGAAACCACAGACUGCAGUUGUGUCGAAGCCGUACCCCUCCUCGGUGGUGGUGUGCAAUAAACUUGUCGCCACAGAACCCGACAGAUUCGGAAAACAGUAUACUACAGUGCGGAAAAUCGUAUAUGAAAACGGCGAGUCAGAAAGUCUUGAAACAGAAAGAUCAAGAAAAGAAAGACUUUUAGGGGCGACGAGAGCCCAGGUGUUGGAUAUUACACCUGCUUUGGUCGAACAUACAAAUAUGGCUACCGAAAGAGUUAUUCGACGCAGCAGCUCAUCAGGGACCAUAAACCAUUUGGAUUUAGAUAAUCCAAUACACUUUUACGAGCAAGCAAAGCGUUUACAAACUCUGCACACGUCUACAAAACAUCACGGCCACCGGGCGACGCUGCGGGUUACAGAAUCCGUGAGCGAGCGGGACGCAACGCUUUGCGCUCUCUGUCGCACGUAUUGGCGUGCUGUACGCAACUGCAUCGUGCAAACAUUUGGAUCGUAUACGUAAAUUUAUACUUAAUAAAAGUGCUGUACAUAG